CGCCGUGUCGCCGUCGCCGUCGUCUGAGAAUUAGGGUUUUUACGUCCUUGGGAAGAGGGGAAAGAGACAUCGAAAGGGGGGCGAAGGAUGGGGAAUCCGGAGCUGGUGCUGUUCAAUUCGAUGUCGAAGCAGAAGGAGGUGUUCAAGACUCGCGUGGAAGGCCAGGUCUCCAUGUACGUCUGCGGCGUCACGCCCUACGAUUUCAGCCACAUCGGCCACGCCCGUGCUUACGUCGCUUUCGACGUACUCUAUAGGUACUUGAAACACUUGGGUUAUGAAGUUAAAUACGUGCGGAACUUCACCGACAUUGAUGAUAAGAUAAUUAAAAGAGCAAAUGAAUCAGGGGAAGAUCCUUUAAGUUUGAGUCGUCGGUUCUCUGAAGCAUUUUUGCAAGAUGUAGCUGAGCUUCAGUGCCUGCCUCCAACACUUGAACCACGUGUUUCUGAUCAUAUAGAGCAGAUAAAGGAUAUGAUAACUAAGAUCAUUGAGAAUGGCUAUGGCUAUACCAUAGAAGGAGAUGUUUACUUUUCCAUUGAUAACUUUCCUGAUUAUUGCCAAUUGUCUGGACGAAAGUUAGAUGAUAAUCGUGCUGGUGGAGGUGGAAGAGUUUCUGUUGACUUGAGAAAGCGAAAUCCAGGUGAUUUUGCAUUAUGGAAGGCUGCUAAGCCUGGUGAACCAAGCUGGGAGAGUCCUUGGGGCCCUGGAAGACCAGGUUGGCAUAUUGAAUGCAGUGCUAUGAGUGCCCAAUAUUUAGGUGAUGCUUUCGAUAUUCAUGGUGGAGGAAAAGAUUUGAUUUUUCCUCAUCAUGAAAAUGAGCUUGCUCAGAGCCGAGCUGCAUGCCCAGAGCACAAAGUAAGCUAUUGGAUGCACAAUGGCUUUGUGAACAAGGACAAUCAGAAAAUGUCAAAGUCUGAUGACAAUUUCUUCACGAUCAGAGAUAUUAUUGCGAGGUAUCAUCCAUUGGCUUUGAGGUUUUUCUUGAUGCGUACACAUUACCGUUCCGAUGUCAAUUAUUCUGACAGGCAGCUUGAAACUGCAUCUGAUCGCGUCUUCUACAUAUAUCAGACACUCUAUGACUGCGAACAGGCUCUUUCUCCAUUUCGUCAAGAAAAUAUCCAGGGCCAAGUCCCAGCUGAUAUCAAGGAAUUAAUUGACAAAUUCCACUCAGAUUUUUUAGCAUCUAUGUCGGAUGAUCUCCACACUGCUGUUAUAUUAGAUGAUCUUAUGGAGCCAUUUAAGGCGAUAAAUAGCAACUUAAAGAAGUUCAAGGGAAAGAAGCAACAAAAGCCACUUAUUCUUACUCUUUUUGCAUUGGAGAAGGAAGUUAAGGAUGUUCUUGGCAUUUUGGGCCUCUUGGGUAGUUCUUGCGCCGAGGUUUUGCAGCAACUGAAGGAUAAAGCGUUAUCGAGGGCAGGGUUAAUCGAGGAGCAAGUCCUGCAGCUGAUCGAAGAUAGGAACUUGGCAAGGAAAAAUAAGGAGUAUGAGAAAUCAGACAAGAUCAGAAAAGAGCUUUAUGACAAGGGCAUUGCUCUAAUGGAUGAACCAAAGGGGACUGUUUGGAGACCACGAGAGCCCCCUGAGUAGAUUACAGAAGUCACCGAUUCUAACACCGCCGAUUGUCUAUCACCUAAUUUAUGGGUGGUGAGAUUUUGAUAAAGAAACUUGCAUAUUAUUGUGACAUGUAAAAGUAAUAUAUAUUCGAUAGAUUGCUUGUAUCUUAAUUUCGAAAGUAUUGGACAAGAGGACAAUACUUUCCUCAUUUAGCUGUCAUACUCCGUUUAUGACAUUAACUAGUUGACAUCGAGCUUGAAUUUAAUCAUGAGAUUUGAU